AUGAAUGUCGAUUAAAGAGCCAUUUAAAAAAAGAGAAAUAUCUAAAAUAUUAUUGAUAAUGAAGAUGAAAUGGGAGAAGUAGCAGAAUGGGCUGGUGUAUCAGCUGCUUAAGCUAAAGAUGAUGAUGACUUUGAUAUUGAUAAUAAAUAACACUUUUAAUAAUCAAAUGACCAUAUUGAAUAAGCUAGAUAAAAAAUAAAUUAAAAAUUAAAUAAGAAAGGAACUAAUAUCAAUUAAAGAAAAGGACCUUUAGUAAAUAAUCUCAAAGAUAAAGCUAAAAGUAUAGCAUUAUAGAAUAAUCAAAACAAUUUAACACCAAUUAAAUAACAAUGUUAAUCUAGUGAUGAAGAAAAUGAAAAAGUUCCUGUUGAUAAAGGUGAAGAAAGUCCAGAUAAAAAAGUUUUUAGAUUGUCAGAAAGAAGUAUUGGUAAAAUUGAAUAAGAAUUCGAACAAGCUAAUAAAGAGAGAAUGAUUGAUUUAGAAAAGAAAAAAAAUGAGAUUAAAUAGAUUAGUUUCAUUGAAGCUUGGGAUUUAUUGAAGGGUUCUUAAGAUGUAAAAGAUUAGAUUUAAUUUAUCUAAAAAAAGACAUCAUUUUUAGAUAAACUAUUUGGAUGUUUCAGUAUACAUUUAAAAAGUAGUAGACUUAUCUAAGAAAAAAACUAAGUACUAUAAUUCUAAAUAAGGUCUGUUUAAUGUCUUAAUUGUCAUUUGAUGAUAAUAAUGAGUCUCAUUUUAGAAUACUUUAUACUAUCUAUUGUCAAUUAAUGACCACUGAUUAUUGUCUUAGAUAUGGUACACAUUGGGAAUUGAUUGGAUUCUAAGGAACUGAUCCAGCUACUGAUCUAAGAGGUGCUGGAAUACUUGCAUUACUAUAAAUGCUUGCUUUCAUAUCAGAAUAUAAAAUUUAUAUUAAACAAACACUUAAAAUCUUUUAAGAUAUUAAAAUCCCUUUUAGUAUUACACUUAUUAAUAUUACAACCUUUGUUUUAGUUAGUCUCAAAGACAAUAAAUUAAAUUAACUUAUUAAUUAAGAAGAUUCUGUUAUCAGUGUUAUUAAUAAACUUUAUUUUGCAGGAUUCCAUCUAUUAACCAAAAUUCUUAAAAAGUAUUUAUUUUUUUAUUAUUAAAGAGAACAAAUUACUUUCCAUACUAUUGGAAAUCAUUUGACAAAUAUAAGAAAAUUAAUACAUGAAUAACCAUAGAAAUUGAUCCGAGAAUUUCAUUCAGAUAUUCAAAAAUUUUAUAAAAUUAAUAACAUCUGA